AAAGUUGUCUGCUAGUGGCAUAGACUUCUGGGAUUUCGAAUAAUUUUCUCAAGUUACAUAAUAAGCUAAUAUAUAUUUCCACUUAAAACAAUGGCAAAUAUCGUAGUUACAGGAGCUAGUAGAGGAUUAGGGCUAGAAUUUGUGAAACAGUUGUCCAAAUUUUCAAAAACGCCCACUGUUUUUGCAUUAUGCAGGAAUCCAGAUAAAGCCGAGAAGCUGCAAGAUGUUGCUCAUACAUGUCCUAAUGUAAAAAUAGUCAGAGCUGAUAUGAUUGAAUUUGAUCAAUAUCAAGAAGUAGUCUCGAAGAUUCACGCAAAUAUACAAAGUGGAGGAGUGAAUCUUCUUAUAAAUAAUGCAGGAAUGAUGCUUAAAGAUAAAUUAACUUCUGUUACCAAAGAAAAUAUUUUAGACAGUUUCCACUUGAAUUCUGUUGCUCCUGUUUUAUUUGCAAAGGCUUUGUACCCUCUUCUGAAGGCAGCAGAUAAUAACGCAUUUCCUCUUAAAGUAGGAAAAUCAGCCAUUCUAAACAUUUCUGCUCAUUUAGGAUCCAUUGAAGAAAAUACCACAGGCGAUUACUUGUCAUACAGAAUAAGCAAAGCUGCAGUUAACAUGGUGACUAAAACUUUAGCAAUGGAACUGAAACCAUCAGACAUAUUUGUGAUGGCCUUACAUCCUGGUUGGGUGAAAACAGACAUGGGAGGUAAAGCAGCUCCUCUGACACCAGAACAAAGUGUUAAUGGAAUGUUGACUGUUCUAGCAAAAGCAGAAGAAAGUCAAAGAGGUUGUCUUUUCAACAAUAGAGGGAAAAGAAUUCCAUGGUAAGAUGUGCAGUGUUGAUGCCAUUUAUGUAAAUGUAACCAAAUAUUUUCAUUAUUCAUUUUAUAAUAAAGUAGA